AUGUUAAACCAGCUUGUAAAGCAAACUACGAACAAAAUGAGUGCGGCCGGCCGUCGCGGCAUCUCAGCCUCAGCUAAGCGUAUGUCAGCCGAGGGUGAGCACCAUCAACAUCUGGUAUUUGAAGGUGAUUUUUCCAAGGGUGUCGUGCUCGGUGUGUCGCUCUUUGUGACGCUUGGCGGUAUCGCCGUACCCGUGCUCUUGUACCGCUAUCAAAACUGGAAGCACGGAUUUCCGCAGCAGUAA